AUGGCCACGAGGAAUGUUGAAUCUGGGAGGGAUGCGCUCCCCCCCUCGGGACCGGUCUACAAGGUCUACAAGCGACGAUUCUGGGGUUUGAUCCAGCUGGUACUGUUGAACAUUGUCGUCAGUUGGGAUUGGUUGACCUUCUCCUCGAUAUCGACCACCGCUGCCGAGCACUUCAAGGUCUCCGAGAGCGCCAUCAACUGGAUGAGCACCGGCUAUCUCUUUGCCUUUUGCGCCGCCAGCCCCGUCGUCAUCUUCACCCUCAACAAAGGCGGCCCCAAGCCCGCGAUCAUCAUCACCUCCUCUCUGCUGCUGGCCGGCAAUUGGAUCCGAUAUGCCGGCACGCGAGCUCGCGGCGGGAUGUUUGGGGUGGCCAUGUUCGGCCAGAUCCUGAUCGGCCUGGCGCAGCCAUUCUGUCUCAGUGCACCGACACGGUACAGCGACCUCUGGUUCUCCGAUCGAGGACGCACGAGCGCGACGGCCGUGGCGACGCUCGCCAACCCCCUCGGCGCAGCUCUGGGUCAACUCAUCGACUCGUUCUGGGCCACCGAGCCGGACGACGUCCCCAACAUGGUGCUGUACAUCUCGAUCAUCGCAACAAUCGCCUCACUCCCGUCCUUCAUCCUCCCCUCUGCACCACCGACCCCGCCCAGCGCCUCGUCCGCCAGCCACCAGAACACCAACAACACAAGCGAGCCAACCCCACUCCUCCCAACCGUCACGCAGCUCCUGCGCACCCUCGAAUUCUACCUCAUCCUGAUCCCCUUCUCCAUCUACGUAGGCUUCUUCAACAGCGUCUCCUCGCUCCUGAACCAGAUCCUCAGCCCCUACGGGGCCAGCGAGACCGAAGCCGGGAUCGCGGGGGGCAUCCUCAUCGUCGUGGGCCUGCUGGUCUCGGCGCUCAUCUCCCCGAUCACCGACCGGUACAAGCACUACCUGGCCACGAUCCGCAUCCUGGUCCCCAUCGUCGCGGCCUCGUACAUCGGGCUCAUCUUCGCCCCGGCCAGCAGCGCAGGCAUUGGCCCCACGUACGCCGUGUGCGCCCUGCUGGGCGCCUCCUCGUUCGGCCUGCUGCCCGUCGUGCUCGAGUUCCUCGUCGAGAUCACCUACCCGUUCUCCCCGGAGGUCGGGAGCACCCUCUGCUGGACGGGCGGGCAGCUGCUGGGCGCCGUGUUCAUCCUCGUGCAGGACGCCCUCAAGGCCGGGAAGCACGCCACUCCGCCGGAGAACAUGCGGAACGCGCUCAUCUUCUCCGCCGUCGUGGCGGCCGUGGCGGCCCCGCUGCCGCUGUGCAUCGGGUUGUUUGGCCGGGACGUGCGCCGCAGGCGGCUGGAUGUGGAUCGCGGGGUGGAUCUGGGGGAGGUCGUCGGGGACGAUGAUGAGACCAUUGACAACGACGCGGACGCGAGCCGUCGCGGGGAUACAGCCGGCAGUGCGGGCGAGAAAGGAAAGUCCCGAUUCAAGUGGUCGGUCUCCUCGAGACAGUGA